AGAGGCGAGCCGCAAAGCACGCGUGUCCACGAUGGCGAGCGUGCUGUCCAGGCGCCUGGGGAAGCGGUCUCUGUUGGGUGCCCGUGUCUCCGUGCCCAGCUCCUUGGUGGAUGGGAUGCUGGUGACGACUUCAAUCCCCACCUUGCAGGCAGAGCUCAGCAGGGCGUCUUCCCACCUGGUUUCGUAUGAUGACGGUCAGUGCAGAGAGCACUCAGAGGAGGGCAGCAGGGCACCUGCCUUCCCGAAUCCAAACCUGAACCUGAACCCGAACCGCCUGCAGCUCCACCCAGGACAAAAGGUUUACGUCACCUAUAACGGUCAGGAAUGCGCCAGCCUCGUCGAGCAGCAUGAUCCUGGCAGUGACGAAGUGAAGGUACUGCUCCUGGAGCAAGGACUGCACGCAUGCUGGAAGCUAGAGGAUGUGAGGGUGGCUGAGAUCCAGAGGUCACCUCCUCCUGCCCUGCCAAUGGACCAGAGCCCUACCCCCACCCCAGGACCAAGCCAGCGGUCUGUUUCUAGGAAUAUCGAUGUACCUAAGAGAAAGUCCGAUGCUGCUGUGGAAAUGGAUGAGAUGAUGGCAGCCAUGGUGCUGACGAGCUUGUCCUGCAGCCCCGUGGUGCAGAGCCCACCCACAAGCGACAGCAGCAUCCCCGCAUCCCGAGCAGCCUGUGACUCAUGGAAGGAGAGUGGUGACAUCUCAGACAGCGGCAGCAGCACCACCAGCGGGCACUGGAGUGGAGGCAGCGACAUCUCCACUCCGUCACCCCCACACCCUGAAGCCAGCCCAAAGUACUCCAGCGAGGCUUUCAGCUCCUCACAGGCUGACGAGGGCUUUGAGAUGGACUCAGAUCCCUUUCUCCUUGAUGAGCCUGCCCCACGAAAGAGAAAGAACUCCGUGAAGGUGAUGUACAAGUGCCUGUGGCCGAACUGCGGUAAAGUGCUGCGCUCCAUCGUGGGGAUCAAGCGUCAUGUCAAGACCCAGCACCUUGGGGAUGGUGCAGACUCUGACCAGAGAAGGAGGGAGGAAGACUUUUACUACACUGAAGUGCAGGUGAAAGAAGAGGCUGCUCCAGAGUCUGCCCCCCACCCCAACUCUGCAUCCUCACAUCAUCAUCCAGCAGGCUCUGGCAGCCCCAACUCUGCGUCCUCACCCAUCAUCAUCCAGCAGGCUCUGGCCAAGCCGGAGACCCUGGUGUUGGAACAGUCCACCUUGGAGUCUCACCUGCCAAGCAGUGCCCUCAGCCAGUCUGCCCCCAGCUCCUUCUGGCAUAUCCAAGCAGAUCACGCCUAUCAGGCCUUGCCAUCGAUUCAGAUUCCGGUGUCGCCACACAUAUUCACCAGCAUCAGCUGGGCUGCGGCCACCUCCACCAUCCCUUCCCUUUCCCCGGUUCGAAGCCGGUCACUGAGCUUCAGUGAACACCAGCAGCCGACGCCAAUGUUGAAGUCCCACCUGAUCGUUGCUUCUCCUCCCCGGGCACCCAGUGGCACUAGAAAAGUUCGUGGCGAAGCCAAGAAGUGCCGUAAAGUUUAUGGCAUUGAGCACCGGGACCAGUGGUGCACAGCUUGCCGAUGGAAAAAGGCCUGUCAGCGAUUUCUGGACUGAGCGCACAAACACUUCAGGGGUUUGGAAUCUCGCCCUCUCUCUCUGCUGAGAACACCCAAAGUCCGUCAUUGCUGCAACCAGGGACCUUGGAGGGAUCUCCUGCAGCUUCUGCGGAGACCUCUAGAGCUGCGUGUAAAUUCCAAGUUCUGUAUAUUGUACAUCUGCUGGGUUUAUUAUUUUUUACAUUUUCCGUGGGAUUUUUUGUUUUACAAAAGUUAAGAAAAAUCCUCCCUUUUUAUAGCAGAAAUAGUGGAGGGGAAAGAAAGGAAGCAGGCUGUUUGGUGGUCAUGAGAGAUUUUUGGCUGUCCAGGGACCAAAGAACUUCUUAUUGAUCUUCUAGGUCAUCAGUAAAGUCUCCUGAACUUUCAGGUCAAAGGUCAGGGCAAGGAGGUGAAGAGCAUCUCUUCACCUUUCUUUAGUAGCUGAAAAAGCUCGAAGUCUCAUACUCUUUAAAGGGACACUGUCAAAACGACAAUCAUAGCUUAAAAAAGAAAAUGACCAUGUGUUACCAGUAACACCUUUAAUUAAUACAUUUGAAGUUCUUACCUAUGCUGUUGGCCAUUAAUGUUGCAGUUAUUUUUUUCACCUCAGUCAGUAGGUAAAACUAGAUUGCUGUAUCUCAGGUCUGCUUUGCUUCCUGAUUUAUAUGUGUUUUGAUGCAGUUGCAGGUGGAGAAUCGCCACCAUCCUUUAACUGAAAAAAAGCAUUCAAAAGCAAAACUUAAAUAUUUCUUCUCUUCGAUUUGGUUGUUUUACCAGGAACUGUUUUGUUUACUUCUUCGAAGAACACAAAUUUUAGGUCUAGCAGUGUCCCUUUAAACUCAGGCAAAUGAUUAUUUAAAGUCAAAUACUUCUUCCUGAAAGGUCAGCAGAAAGGACUCAGAAAGGUGCUGCCUUAGCCUGGAGACAUAUGGAUUUUGUAUGGAUUUAGGCACCGAUUCAGCGAAGUGCUUAUGGCCAUGUUUAAAUCCUACCAAAAUCCCUGGGGUCUUAAGCAGAUGCUUCAUGAAAUGGGAUGGUUUGCAUGCUGGAAGUCAAGUGCAUGCUUAUAUCGUUUGCUGAAUCAGUGGCAAAACGGGGAGAUGUCGUAAAAUCCCAAAUUGUGGAGGGAAAUUGAAGCAUGUCUGAACUCUGCUUCCUGGCUUUCAUCUGUUUAUCCCAUUCAUAUUAUCUUCACAAGAUUCACAUAUUUCUGGUUUUUGCCAUGAAUAAUUUACUUGCCCUGGGAAGUAAAUUAGACCCUGAUUGCUGGAUUCUAACUUGCAGUCAUCUAAUUUAAGUGGAGUGACUCCUGAUCUGCGGGUUUAAAUGAGGGGAGUCAAGUGCCAGGAGUCUAUGCAGAAGUAGGGGGAGGGAGUGGAGGAGAAAAACCAAGGCUUGUAAAGAUGUCUCUGCUCUGGAGAAGGGCACUGCUUAUCUCACAACUAGAAGUCGGGUCUGGUUUCAUGGUUUUGGUCUUUUGUUGUUUACUCGUGACUGAUCAGCCAUUCAUAGGAAGCGCAGUGUCACUGCCAAGCAAACAGGAUGCUAGAUGCAGUGUCUCCCAUCUUCCUCGCCGUGCGGCCUGGAGCACAAAAAUCAAGGAGUUUUGUUUCAUACCUCACCAUUCUGUGUCCCGGGGGUGUUUCCAUCACCAAAUCCUGCCCUGGACAUGCUGGUGGAAGCGGGUGUAGGCUGCGACGCCGCUCGGAGGAUUCCAUUGUGUUGUUCUGGUUGAGCGCAGUGCAGGGCACAGACAUGCUCUGGCACAGUCACUAAGGAACCGUGAUUUCUUUUAACGGGGGAAGAAAUGCCUCUGUUACUAAAGCCAUUCAGGUCCCCACACUCUGGUGCAGAGACUCCUGGUGCUGUGACAUCUUGUCUAUAAAUGCGCAGUGGCAGCUACGCACGAGCCAGGCAGUCCGCUUUGUGCAUAAUUGGACGGCAGCGAGAGUUGGGGUUUUUUACGAUCAGGGUGGGGUGGGAAGGGCUGGGCGGACUUUUUGCUGCAUUUUUGAUAAUCAGAGGCCAUAAACUACAGACCUCAACCCAAGGGCAGGCAGCUAUGGCAGGAAUGAACCUGGCAUAUUUUUAAGGACCAUUUGAUUGACUAAACUUUCCUUGUAAAAGCAAAUCAUCUGACCGGGAGGGUAUUAUUUUCUCACGAGUUCACGUGAGCCCUUUUGUUAAAGGGGUGGGCGGGGCACCCAGAGGGGUUUUUAUAUAUAUUAUUGGUGCUUGUUGACCUUUUUUCGUAAUUUUGUACAUAUAUACAGUAUAUUGGUUAAACCCGGUCUUCUCUUCAGCGUUAAACUGGCGAUUGCCAAAUUGGCUUGUCAGAAACAGGAACAAAGUGAGCUCAUCUCCCUGUUUUUUUCCUAGUCUGGUAGGUCUCGCUGCCAGGUCUGGUCCAGAACAAUCAAGUUCUCUAGCUGGGAGCGUACAGCCUGAUUCAAAGUCCACUGAAGACCCUGGCGGUCUCUCUGUUGACUUCAGAGAGCUCUGGCUCAGCCUCUGUCUCAGGGAGGGCAUCCUCCAUCACCUCGGUCCCCUCCACUGCUUUGUUCUUAGUCUGCAGACCACCAUGCAGGGCUAGGAGAGUGAAAAACGCCGACUUGGAGCAGUGCGUUUUGGAAGCAGGCAAGGUGUUGGACUGAUCUGUGCAGGUCAUUGUAAAAGAAAACCCAUACGAACCAUUUAACACCUCUGCAGGACUUCACCUUUUACUAGAUUAGGAGCAAGGUUGCAGAAUUGGUUCCAGAUGUGCCCUGUCUCAGCUGCCCCAUUCGGAGAAAACCACAAAGGAUACUGUUUAUUGCAGCUGCCAUUUUAAUGAGGCAGGAUUGUUCUUCCCAGUAGGGAUGGUAUGUCUGAACCUUGUUAGGGGAAGGAUCGAAAAACCAGGCAGUUCUAAAAUAUAUUCAAUUUAUUUUCUUGCUUCUUCAUAUAAUUUAAUGGUAUUAAUCAACCAUUGCAUGAAUCCAAAGCAACUUUUAAAAAGUCUACAAAUCUCUGAAAUGCUUUGUUUUCAGGUGGACAAAGUUCUUUGGGGAGAUGUGAUGUCUUUUAUUAGACCUAGUAAAUAGUUGGAGAAAUUGUUCUGGCGGUGUUAGUGUGCUCUCCUGGGUAGAAUAGAAGCCAAAAUGCAAAAUCUGUGAAAAUGCAAAUGCGUGGCAGUAAGGUUCACAGGGAAUGGGAGACAAUGGUUGUGAGAAGGUAGUUGGAAGGGGGAGAAGGUGAUAGAAAUUGAAGAAAUUGAAAUUACUUCAAUUUCAUCCGCCAGCGGCAGCAUCCGGGUUAUUUAUAAAUUCUUUAUUCCAGGCACCCGGGGCCCAAUCUUGUAGUCUUUUCUUAACUCAGUGCCCCUUCCCCUCUUUUGUCUUCAUGACUACAGUAGGCCUCUUCAGGAGAGAAAUACCAGGAGGGUCACUCAUGUGUAAUUCUAAUUUUGAGCUAUCAGCUUGUCCCCGAUUAGAGACAGCUGUAGUUUACACUACAGUGUUUAUUUCAAGAUAGUAGCUAUGUCCUUUCCACCGCAUAGGUUAAAUUACAAAAGAAAGCCCAUUGUCAGAUUCCUCAUGGCCUAUUCCAGUGGUUCUCAACCUUUUCAGGACAGGGCACCCCUUCACCAUUUUGUGAUAUGGUGGCAUCCCUGGUUGUUGAUCCUGCUUCAGCUUACUUCAGUGCUUCACAGCGGGGUUCGGCUGCCUCCAGAUAAAAUUGCCCCGUGCCUGCUGCACAGCCAGACCACAAGGAGCUGUGGCAGGGAUGUACGCUCCUGCUGCAUUAGGGCUCUGAUCGGCCUAAAGCAGGGAAGAGCUGCCUUGUGCUUUCUCCAGUCGAUACCCUCCUGCACGCCUCCCAAAAACAGGUCACGAGUAGAACUGUCUUCGUUGCAGCAGCCCUGAGAACCACUGAUCUCUGCUCUAUAGACACAGGCCAGGCCUGCAAAUUCAUCGUGUUUCCUUCAUUAACAUUAUAGAAAGAUAAAAGCUGACUAGACUCAUUGCCUGAAAUCCAAAUUCUGUUAACUAUUUCUCAGUUCCCUGUGUCGCCUGUCUCAGUUUUGGCAGCGAAAGGAGUGCCUCGUUCUUAUUUUUCGGUCUGGUAUCUGUCUAUCUAAGAUACGUAAAACCCCAAGUUACUGUACUAUCUGAAUGCCUUGCAAUCUUUUAAGACAUACAAAAAAAUAGAGCUCUUGGUUCCAAAAUGAUACCUUUUAUUGGAUCAACUGGAAAAUGGCAAGAAAAUUGUCCUUUUCUGCAAGCUUUCGGGAUCAAAGUCCCUUCGUCAGGCUCUGGGAAAAGUGAAGAUGGUACAAGAUGGUAAAAAGUCCCCGUAGGUAGGAACUAAACUUCAUUUUUGCACAGAGGGAGCUGAAGAUGGAAGUCUGUCCCUCUGGGUCUUUGUGAGCUGCGUUGAGUAGCUCUUGGAUGUGUUGAUCAGGUAGAAUUCCUUCCCUGGAGGUGUCGGAUGGCAGGCAGGGAGGCAAAAAAAACUUCCUUGUUCUGCAAUGAAGUUUAAAAUCCAAAAUCGACUAAAAUUCGGCAUCUCCCAUGUUUCAGAGGUGUACUUGGUAGCCGUGUUGGUCUGAGACAAGGUAUUGAGUCUCACAGUGCCCCACAGGAAGGGUAGUACUGUUCCUAUAUUGCAAACAGAGAGGUGAGGCAAA